AGUAUUACAUCUCGCUACUUGCCGAUUUAACCAUGGCUCCUGCUGCGAUCAUCCGAGGUGUCCCGCGCGCGGUGCUCAUCGUGGCGGUGCUGGUGCUGGCCUCGCGGGGCGCGAGCGCGGCGCUCUCGUGCUCUACGGUGUACAACACGCUGAUGCCUUGCCUCGGGUACCUGCAGUCAGGAGGGGUGGUCCCGCGGUUGUGCUGCGGGGGGAUCAAGAAGCUGGUGUCCACGGCGCGCUCCACCCCCGACCGCCGCACCAUCUGCACCUGCCUCAAGAACAUCGGCGCCGGAGCCGCUGGCGGGCCUUACGCCAGCCGCGCCGCAGGGCUGCCGCGCAAGUGCAAAGUCCCGAUGCCCUGGAACUGCAACUCGAUAAAUUGAUGCCAGAAGGCUACGCAGGACGUGUUUCGACUGGACUUCUCAACCCUUCCCAAAACAUACAGAUGCAGAACUACUAUAUAUAUGUUGCUAUCGAGGAUCCACCGUUCACGUACACUGCAGAUGCAGAACUUAUAUAUAUACUCCCUCUGUAAACUAAUAUAAGAGCGUUUAGAUUACUAUAAAGUAGUGAUCCAAAUGCUUUUAUAUUAGUUUGUGAAGGGAGUACAUGUGUGUGUAACGAAUAAUUACCUAGCUGUAUUAUGUGAGGCAAUUAAUGUAUUAAUAUGUACCGCACCCGCCAUCUGUAGAAAGAAAUAAAAUAAUAACAACAA